AUGGAUGGACAAUUUCAGCUUUUGUUCGAAAAAAUGAAGAUUGAGAUGGAAACCCAAUCUAACACAAUAAUGGCUAAAAUAGACGAGAAACUAAUCCCUUUAGUGGAGGAGAACAGAAAUCUAAGGACAAAGGUAGAAAAAUUAGAGAACGAGUUAGAGUACCUAAAAAGAGGACAGCGAGAAAACAACAUUAUAAUAUUUGGCUUAGAGGAGAUAGAAACAUCUAAACUGGACUUAAUACAAAAAUUAAAGGAACAUUUCAAAGAAGACCUAGAAAUAAAUUUAGAAAACUUUGAAGUCAACAAAAUACAUCGGUUAGGGCAUAAAAAACCAGAAGAUAAUAAGUCGAGGCCGAUCUUAUGCUCGUUUGUAAACAAUUGGAAGAAGAAUGAAAUUAUUAAAAAUAAGAAGAAUUUAAAAAAAUCUACAUCACCGAGGACUACCCAAAGGAAGUGCUGCAAAAGAGAAAACAGUUACAAACAGAGUUAG